UUUUGAGAUAAUUCAUCCAGGCAGAGUGAGACAUCCUCACCUAAAUACUCACAAACAAGCUAAGCUUGCAAAUAAUCUUCUAGUUAACAAUAAUAAUAAUAAUGACAACUUUAAAGAUUUGCCAAUUAAUAAUAAUAGUCUUGAAGAUGAUAACAUAAAUAGCAAUUUUGAAAACAUUUCUAAUAACAAUAGUAGUAAUGAUCUUGAAGAUAUAUUAAUUAACAAUGCUAAGCUUGAGGAAAGCCUCAAAGAUAAUAACAUAGAUGGCAAUCUUGAAGACAUUUCUAGCAACAAUAGUAGCGAUAACCUUGAAGAUAUAUUAAUUAACAAUGUUGAGCUUAAGGAAAGCAAUGACGACUUUGAAGAUAGUAAUGAUAAUCUUCAAUUAAUAAUGACAGUCUAUUUACUCAAAAAAUAG